GCGACUCCCAUGAAAAUUCACGAACGAAUUUUCUUUUUAAACAAAGAUGUGUGCGUGUUUUGCAGUUUAAAAAACAGACAGAGGUAUUAUAUAAUUAAAGUAGAUAAAAGUAAAGGCGCAGCCUUUGAAUUGACAGUGAACUUUUUAAAGAAAGACCUCAGCAUCGAGGAGAAUUUAGGAACCUACGCCUGUAUAUCUUGCUACAAAAUGUUGCAAAGAAUAAAUGAUAUUGACAGUAGGCGCACCCAGUUACACGAUAAGCUUAUGUCAAGCUGUCAAAAGUUCAGAGUCAUUAGUGUGAAAAAGCGCAAUAUUCAUGGAAAUCAAACCCCUACAAUGUCAAAGUUUCAGGAUCAGAAAUCCACACCGGUGUCAUCACUGACUUCAGCGUCACAUGGUCUCGACUUGCCAUCUGGAAGCAAAGGUUCUCUUAAAAAAAUAUCCAAACCACCGACACCAAGUACGAGUAAGUUAUUAACAAGGUCUUUGUUUCCAUGUCCUUCUACAAAAGACACAGAUAGUCUUGCUGUGCCUCUGUCACCUCUCAGAUGCAAAAAACAAGAACUAAAGACUGUGCAGAUUUCAAAACUGAAACACACUGUAUCAUUUCGUUCUGCUCAACUUGUUGAGCAACUUCUUCUUGUCACAACAGCCUUAGCCAAUGGUAGUAUCAGAAAAGCAUUAACAUUACUCUUGAAUUCGUCUAAUGCUACAGUCAAAGAAAAAGUAAAAAGAGAGAUUCAAAAUGUGAUAAAUAAAGAGUGUUCUACCCUUUCCAAACGUGAUCUACAACUGCAGAAGACAGAUACUAGUGAUUUGGAAAGCUUUGACUUGAAAAAAAUUCAGGAAGACUUCGAAAUCCAUGCACCUUUCUUAUGGUCUUUUGCCUCGCAGGCAAAGUACACCAAAACAUAUGAUUGUGUAAAAGUUACUUCAGCUUUGUGCGUUCUAUUGCAGGGGAGAUCAAGAGUUCUCAAUUCCCUUCAACAUUCUGUUGCCAUAGCCAUGUAUAAUAAUCAGCUACAAAAAGAUGGAUUCUCGGUGUUAGCGAGAUUGGGAUUCUCCGUUUCACAUGCGACAAUGAAUGCAAAGUUAAACAUUGCUAAAGCACAGAAUGAGAAUCUCAUGAAGACAUAUCAGAGCAGUUUGAAAGACUUUAUAGCAAGUAAUAGAUCCAGCUGUGUUGAAGUGAUUGAAGCCGAGCACACAUAUGCUACUGUUGGUGUUGAAAAGAAACUUAUGGGUAGAAUAAAGGAACAUUCGUAUGCAGUGUAUAAUGCAGAACCUGAAAGAAACAAUGCACCUCUAGGUUACAGAUUUAAUCUUGAUAAUUUAGAUUUUCAUAUCCGAGUUCGAGAAAUGACACAAGAACAUCAGAACAUUUCUAGGCAUUUCACACAAAUUAUGGCCUUGGUUGAUCGUGUUAAUUGUGAACAUUUGUCAGAUGAACCUGUUGGAGAUUUGUUGAAUGUUCAAAACAGUGAAUUUCUCCCAACUGUUGAAGACAACUACACUUUGAGAAAAGAUAUGAUACAGGUUGUAUCCAACAUUCUUGUGGAAAAUCUACCAUCCUUUGAAGUAUUUAAGAACAUAUACCCAACACACUUCUUGCACAUUUACUCUACAGAAAUGGCAAAGAAAUCAACUGUGAUACCACUGGGCAUUUUGCUUAAAAAUGAAAACAAAACAAAUGACAUGAUAGAGAUCCUGGAACACUUGCAUCAGUUUGUCCCUGGGGCAAGGACAGAUGUGGAUGAAAUUCAUGAAAGAGAGGAAAGAAAUAUCCAAAUGCGAGCCAUUCCAGUUGGAGGUGACCAACUUACAUGCGAGAGGAUACGUGGUGCACAUAUGGCCCGUCUGGAUGCUGAUAGCCAAGAGGAAAGACUGGAGGGACUAAUUACGAUGGUUGAAGACUUCCAUGAGAAGAUAAACUUCCUACAGGCAAUGAUGGAUAGGUUCUAUAAAGCAGCCAGUGCAAGAGAAAUGGGGACACUGUACCAACUCAGAAACAUUAUUAACAGAAGAAAUGUUGUAAAAAAUGCAAGUGCUGAUUACCAUGCGGUUGGUUCUUUUAUUGAUUUGGUUACAGAUGCACACAUUAUCACAGCAGCUUUGAAAGCAUUUGGUAUGACAAAUAUUGAGGACCCUUGCCCAAAAAUUCCUCAUUUCAUGGAUCUUGCUGAUGAAAAUGCAAAAAAGAGAGUUUUGGAUAAGAUAGUUGGGGAAAUGGUGGACACCUUUUUCUUGAACAGCUUUGCAUUAACUGUAAAUAGAAUGGAAGGUAAUGCAAAUGAAAUGGGGGGUCCAAUUACAGAUGAUGGGGUAUUCAAUUAUGCCACAAAUGUUACAAAAUAUGGACUUCUUAGAAAAAUUUCUGUUCUGGCCACCAGAAGUGGAGAUGGUAUUCGACUAAUAAGGCACUGGAAAUAUGCCCUGUUAGUAUAUGACCUAUCACACAAGAUUAAGUACAGACUUGAAUCUUUCCUACUUUUGGCUGGUGUGAAUGCAGUUUUCACAGAAAAGCAGAGACAUCAGAUUAUCUGGAACCGGUUUGUAAAUUUGUCUGGAGGAAAAGAUAAAAAUCUUGAUGGGGAUUAUGUCAUGGAGUUGCUUAACAAGUAUGCAAAAGGACGUGUAAAAUUAUUGGGUCCUAAUCAAACACCAGAAGUUGUAGACAGGAUCGGGAAGACAAUGAUGUUUUGCCAUAAUGUGAAUGAAAAACUGGAAAGAGAAAUUGGAGUUCAUCAAGGAGGCACUGCUCAUGCACAAAGAGACAAAACACUUGAUUUGAGAGCUGUUGUAAACCAGUUAAAAAAUGCUGAUGUAUUUUCCGUCAUAAGAGGUAGGCGACAUGACUCAUUUAAUGAACAAUUUGAUAUGUUCCAUGAAGUUAAUUCACAGGUUCUUCAUAAGUGGUUGAAUGAUAAGAAACAGGAGUAUUCAAAUGGAAAGUAUGCAUUUUAAGUGACUGUCUUAUGAAAUGUAUGUGUCAUUUUACUUUUGUGAAAUAUUUUGUUUUGAUACUCAAAUGUUUUCCAUACCAUAUGCAUUUCUUUUGAUGUUAAUGGUGCAGUUUAAUUUCUAAAGAUGAUAUGUUUCAAAAGUCUUAAACCAUUUAAUAAAUUUGAUUACACAUUUUGCCAUUUUUCAAACUCCUUUUGAUGUAUCAAGUUACUCUGUAAAGACAUUUUCUUAUAUUAAUUUUG